GUUGACUUCCUCACCGGCUACGGCAAGAGAAACAAACAGAGGAAAAACUUAAAGGCCACAUAAAAAACACCAAAAGAAGUUAUCAUGAAGUUGUCUAUGAUUCGCAGUGCUUGUAGCAGUCUUCGGAUACAUCCAAGAAGCAGGGUCAGCGGCUUGUCGCGGAGAUGCUUACCCGUUGGUCCUGCCAGCAGCCGGUUGAUCCUCCGGGCAGCGAGCGACGCUGCCAGCCGCGGUACCAACCCGAAACUGGCCGACCACUUUGGGAAUCAGUCCCGGAAGGAAGAUGGGUUUGAAUGCGACAGUUCUUUGAGAGAAGUGGUUCAGAGUACUAAGGAGGCAAUGGUGGCUCUGCAGAGAAGAAAUCCAUCAAUUCAACCUUUGUUAGCCAUUGUCCAGGCAGGUGAAGAUGACAGCUUGUUGGAGAUCAAUAAGAAAAUGGCAGGAAAGAUUGGGUUGAACAUUACUCAGAUUUGUCUGGCAAAGGAGUGCAGUGAAGAUGAAAUUGUGGAGGAGGUGUUGAAGCUGAAUGAGGACCCCAGGGUGCAUGGUGUCUACCUCCACCUUCCUCCGGUUGCAGUCACGACUCGAGUGCUCGAUACUCUCAAACCUGAAAAGGACAUAGACGGGAUAUCAGAUUUGAAUAUGGGCCGUUUGGUACGAGGAGAUUUGAGCAAAGGCUUCGUGUCACCCGUAGCCAGCGCUGUCCUGGAUCUGCUGGAGAAACACGAUGCUCCUUUGGAAGGAAAAACAGUGUUGUUGGUUGGAGGAGAAGGACCCCUUGGCUUGGCCCUGCAGUGCCUGAUAGAGAGAAGUGGAAUGGUUGCUCUCAAGAGUAACUGGAACCCUAAAAGCCUACAGAGACAGGUGAUGCAGGCUGAUGCUGUGGUCCUGUUAGAGGAAGGGAAUAUGGAUGUCCCACCCACCUGGUUUAGACCAGGGGCUGCUGUCAUUCGCUGUGAGCCCACUCUGGGGUCAGUGGAACAUGCCCUUGAGAUGUCCUCAAAGUCUGGGUUAGGGUACCUCACAGCAGCCUACAGAGCACAGAAUGUGUUGCGUAGUUGCAGUCGGUGGAUCCAGGAGCAGCAGUACCGACCCUGGCGUCUGCGUAGCCUCAAACUACAGCCCCUGAUGCCUGUACCAAGUGAUAUAGAGAUUUCCAGAGCUCAGAUACCCAAGCCAGUUGACCAGCUGGCUCAGGAGGUUGGUUUGCUGCCAGAAGAGCUUGAAGCCUAUGGCAGGAGCAAAGCUAAGGUCCGACUUUCCCUGUUAGAACGCCUUCACACACAGCCUGAUGGGAAAUAUAUACUGGUUGCUGGUAUAACUCCCACCCCACUGGGCGAAGGUAAAAGCACAGUGACCAUUGGCCUAGUCCAGGCUCUGUCUGCUCAUCUUAAGCUCAACUCCUUCGCCUGUCUUCGACAGCCUUCCCAGGGACCCACCUUUGGGGUUAAAGGGGGAGCUGCAGGAGGGGGAUAUGCCCAGGUCAUUCCUAUGGAGGAGUUUAACCUCCAUCUGACUGGUGACAUUCAUGCCAUCACAGCUGCCAAUAACCUGGUGGCAGCAGCCAUCGAUGCCAGGAUGCUCCACGAGGCGACGCAAUCAGACAAGGCUCUGUUUAAUAGACUGGUCCCUUCAGUGAAUGGAGUCCGAAGAUUUUCUCCCAUUCAGAUCUCAAGGCUACAUCGCCUUGGCAUCAAUAAAACAGACCCAGCAUCUCUCACACCAGAGGAAGUCAGCACCUUUGUCCGUCUUGACCUUGACCCUUCCAAGAUCACCUGGCAGAGAGUUGUUGAUACAAAUGACCGUUUCUUGAGGAAGAUCACAGUUGGACAGGCGAGCACUGAAAAAGGACAGAUCAGAGAAACUGGUUUCGACAUUGCAGUGGCCAGCGAGAUCAUGGCCAUCCUGGCUCUGGCAGACAGCCUGGAGGACAUGAAAAACAGACUGGCGCGCAUGGUGGUGGGGACCAGCCGCUCUGGACAGCCUGUCACCACAGAGGACCUGGGUGUGAGUGGAGCUCUGGCGGUGUUAAUGAAAGAUGCCAUCAAGCCCACGUUGAUGCAGACUCUUGAGGGUACGCCAGUGUUUGUCCAUGCUGGGCCCUUUGCCAACAUCGCCCAUGGCAACUCCUCGGUGCUGGCAGACAAGCUGGCCUUGAAGUUGGUUGGACGGGACGGCUUUGUGGUGACUGAAGCUGGUUUUGGAGCAGACAUCGGGAUGGAGAAAUUUUUCAACAUCAAAUGUCGAGCUUCAGGUUUGAGGCCUAAUGUGGUGGUGCUGGUUGCAACUGUCCGAGCACUGAAGAUGCACGGAGGAGGUCCUAAUGUGUCAGCAGGCGCACCUCUUCCUAAAGAGUACAUUGAUGAGAAUUUGAGCCUGGUUUCAGGCGGUUGCCAUAGCAAUCUCAGGAAGCAGAUCCAGAUCGCACAUCUGUUUGGGGUACCAGUCGUGGUGGCGCUCAAUGUCUUCAAGACAGACACUGAGGCAGAGAUUGACCUUGUGUGUCAGAUUGCAAAAGAGUGUGGAGCGUCUGACGCUGUGCCAUGUCACCACUGGGCGCAGGGUGGGCGAGGGUCUUUAAAGCUGGCCCAGGCUGUGAACGAAGCUGCCAGCAGAGCCAGCAACUUCCAGUUCCUGUACAACAUAGAGAUGCCAAUAGCAGAGAAGAUCAGAACAAUUGCCCAGAAAGUGUAUGGAGCUGAUGACAUCGAGCUGUCCCCAGCAGCCAAAGCCAAGAUCGAUUACUACAAUCAACAGGGCUACAGUUCAUUGCCCAUCUGCAUGGCCAAGACCCACCUGUCCCUGUCCCACAUGCCUGACAAGAAGGGUGCACCCACUGGAUUUGUUUUGCCAAUCAGAGAUGUCCGUGCUAGCAUCGGGGCUGGCUUCAUCUACCCACUUGUGGGAACGAUGAGCACCAUGCCUGGGCUGCCAACCCGACCCUGCUUCUACGACAUUGACCUUGACCCGGCCACAGAGGAGAUCACCGGGCUCUUCUGAGCGUGCUCCAGUUAAAGACAUCCAUAUAGGCUCUCUGCUCUGUUUCCAAGAUCUGCAUCUCCAUGCGCUCAUCAUAAAAUGCAUCCAUCCACUGCACCAUUAACAGGAAAUGUUGUCUUACUCUUCCCAGCAGCCCACACUCUCCCCACGUCACAAUAACAUGUUCAGGGAAGAAAAAACAGAUUACUAAUUUAUGCUGUAUUUGCACAUGUGUUUGAUAUGCCAAAAAUGACCUCCUACACCCAUAUGGUGUAUAUCACAUAUGCUGUACGUGUAUGCUUUUGACCUUUCUAUACAAGGAGUUAGUUACAGUUCUCAAACCAUUCUGAAUUUUACUUUAAUGUUUUUUUUAUGUUUUCUUUUUUUUUUUGUGAAAAAAGUUAAUCAAAUGUCUUAAAACUGUGCUGCAAUUUUUACAUGCAUCCUAAGCUUUUUAACUGAAAUGGGCUCAGUUUGUGUAUUUAUUAACUAAAUUGCCAUAUGCACAAAAAGCCAUUAUGGUGUUUACAUCUUUUUCUUACAAGUACGACUACUCUAGUAUCCGAACCUUCUACUAAAUGUCCAAGCUGCUGCACUGCCCAAGUGAAAAUCACUACAAGUUACACUCAUCUUUUUAGAAGCCAUUUUAGAGAUAUUGUUCAAGUAUUACAUUUUAUGUGAUGAGAUAGUUAUAUACAGUGGGUAUAUAGAUUUCUAUCUAGCAUGAAAAUUCCUGUUAUUUGUGUCACAUCUGCAUUUCAGGGUUCACUGCAGGAAAUAGUUCAGUGAAGGUGAUAAACCACUCGGAUUAUGGCAUAUAUUUCCUCAUGAUCUAAUAGACAACAGCCUAAACAAUAUCCAUAGUCAUUAGAUAUGUUCAAUUUUCUAUAUAAAAUAGCACCUUUUUGUUUUUCUCUGAAAGUUGAUGCUUUACAUAAUGAAAGUUUACUCAUUUUUUAUGAUGUUAGAAGUGGUUCCCUUAAUUUCAAGCGAUGUGGCUGACCUCUGCCAUGAAAAACUGUGGGAAACACAGAUUUUACACUUUAUUAUAACAGGUUUUUCCAACUCUCUGCAACACGCAGCUGGUGGCUGGUUUGCAUCCAGACUGCUGAAUGCAGAUUUACUUGCUAGUUUUAAUUGUCUGAUACCAAUGUGGGUAACAUCCAGCAUCUGUGUGUCCUGACUUGUCCUCAUGAGGUGAUAAAAUGACAGAAAUAACAGAUGAAAUGCCAGAUAUGACCAAAACCGUGGUUUAAGUUUUAUUGUACAAAGUCUAAACCAAACAUUAGAUUUGAAAGCAGCCAGUGAUUGCUCUGAAAACAUUUUUUUAUUAUUCUCAUUAGAAGGAGUUGUAUGUUAAACAUUUUGGUUCUGCAGUCA